AUGGAUCCCGCCCAUCAACCACCCACAGGUCACGGGAACAACAACCUCGAUCAUGAGAAUGAGCCGCAGAUUGGUGGAUUAGAGCGCAACGAAACAUGGCCGUUGGGCGAGGGAGAGCGUACAGAGGGCGGCGCAGGCUCGAGUAGUACCCCAUACGUCAGCCUCUUCUCGCCCAACGUACCCGCCAUACCACCAUCUGCGCCGUCCGACGUCCCCGACAGUCCCAGGGCACACGUGAGCCACUCGAGGUCUCUCAGCUACUCGCGCUCGAUGCCGUCACUGGCCAACUACUCCAGCAUGACAUCGCGUGCGUCCAGAGCUCACGGUCAAGAGGAACGACCGCCCAUAGUUCAGCUGCAAACCCGGAUAGACCAAGCCCAAAAGAGCGCCGAUGAUCCAAACACCCCGUUGGAAGAACAAGGCAAAAGGCGCACGACGUUGGACCUGAUGCGUACAGAGCACUCUGUUCGCACCGACAUUAGUAGGUUGUUCAGCGAGAGCGCAGCCAUGCCUGGAACUAGGGCACCUUCCUACAACAACGCGACGGGACCAUUGUAUUUGCGAGUUUCAGGCGAAGCCAUACCUCUGCCUGACCACCUUUACACCCGCGGGCUGCUCGAAGGACGACACUCGGACAUUACCAUCAUCGCCUUUGGCCAGCGAUAUCCUCUGCACCGCCUCAUCCUCGAUCGCGCACCCUUCUUCACGACCGCCCUCUCUGAGCCAUGGCUCGAAAGCCGGUCCAAGGAAGUCAAACUACACCCGGAAGAGAUCGAUUCCAGCAUUACGCAGGCUUCGUUCGAGCUGGCUAUACGCAAACUCUAUGGUGUCGAUAUCUCGAAAGAGCUAGAUGCUGAAGCCAUUGGUCUCUUCGCGACUGGCUGCUGGCUAGAGAUGCAGGACCUCAUCGACUCUGCGAUCGAAUCCAUACUGCGGCAGAUGGCACCGGAGACGCUGGCCUACCUCAUCCGCUUAGUCACCUCCAACUACUAUGGCCGAUCUGGAGACCGCAUACUUGAGUCGGCCAAGGCGAUGCUAAGCAGGAACGGCUGGGAAAUGCCUCUCAAAUACUGGGACGAUAUGCCCGGCGACAUAGUUCGUGAGCUAGUAGGGUCUGACGGGUUCUUCGUGGAUAGCGAGUGGGACCGCUGGGUACUUUCCAAGCGUCUUCUCGACCGCCGGCUACGUCAAGCAGCCAUCGAGGCUGGGCUUAUCCAGCGAGGACAGAGACCCAUCCCACAAGCACCCAACUCCCUUCGUCUCAUGGCAGUUCGCUUCGACGGUGUUUAUCGACAGAAUGCCCUGACAACGGCGCAUUCCUCAUCCGACGCGCAAGCUGACUGGCUUGCUCUCUACACGCUGCCCGACAUUGAGCGCAUACUCGUGUUGCUAGACGAGGGCAUCCACUACAUUCACAUGGAAUACGAGCAGCUUGAGUUUAUCCGGAACGCUCGCGACGUAUUUGGCCUACCAGUGAUGCCUGAAAGGGUCAUCUCCAAUGCGCUAUGGCAGCAACUGGCUCUUCGCCAGAGGGUGCUCAACACCGAUGAGUCUGCUCAGGAGCUGGGUCUAUGUCAAUCAACCCCAGACCCCGAAGACGCGAAUGUGGCGACGAAGACUGGAAGCGAGCUCACUAACAAAGGAAAGCAAAAAGAGUUGGCGGAUCCUAUCGACGAAGGCGACAUCGAGUCGGAUAGUUGGGACGGCAAUGGCAAGCCACGGAAGUUUUGGAUCCCAAGCUCGGACUGCAACAUUGUCUUGGGAAACGGUGCGGAUCCUGUUGUCACGACAUCCAACUCUUUCCAGCGCCAUGCUUCACGUCUUUCAGCCACAAUACAGCCAGAGGAUGCGCAAUGGGCCACCGACUUUGCAUCUACUCCGUCGACGUUGACGAACCCAAAUACUCGCAUGGACUUUGCACAACGCCCAAUCUCUGCUGGUGGCGGCAACGCUGGUCAGCCAAAACCAAUCGCUUACACCGAAUUUCCUCCAUUCCGCUUCUCGGCUGAGUUUCCUAAUCCACGAUUUCUCAAAGAGAAGAAGCGCGUCUAUUCGAGGACGGUAUCCUACGCAGGCUCUCUGUGGAACAUCUACAUUCAGAAAGUUCGCUCUGCCAAGAAUAUCCAGUUGGGUGUAUAUCUCCACCGUGCCAAGGAGCGAGAGGUAGAUGAGGCUGGACAUGUCAGUGGUCUCAGCCAACAGAACAACGGCUCGGUUGAUGAGCGUAUCGGCCAGCUAGAGCGCGAGAUGCUCAUGCGUAGUGACCGACGUGAUCGGCGGCGCAGCACCCGAGUUCCGUUCAUGGAUCCUGCUGCUGAAGAGGAUACCUCUGGCAGUGGUGGAGAUCCCGACCCUGCUCUCGGCUCUCUGGGACUGCGCAACCCACUCUUCUCUAGCGGCAGUCUUGGUCGCCAUCGUAGUCGUCUACCCACUCGCGGUAUCCCACAAUGGGGCUUCCAGAAUCUGGCCUCUUCACCACCCCAAGACGGCGAUACCAUAGACUCUCCCUCCUUCGCUAACGCUCCCUACUCGCCAUCCGAACACGACUCAGACCCAUCCGAUGACGACGACGAGUCAGACGCCGCCGCCUACAUCAACCCCUCUCUCGCCUCUAGAGUUCAGCGCAAAACGCGAGCCGUCAUGCCUGCACUUCCUCCCUAUGUCGACGGCCGCCCCACAAUAAAAACCUACUUUAAGAUCUACAGCCCCUCCAAGGGUGGAAGGAUGCUCAGCAUCUAUGAAAGCGCGCCUGACCGCUUCAAUUUCAGUCAGAGCUGGGGAUGGAAGAGCAGCACUUUGAUGCUGGACGAAAUCACGAUCAAUAACGGCGGAGAUGAUACCCUGGCUGGUGCCAACCCAGCUGCAAGCAAGAAGACGGAUGGCAAAUUGAGAUUCAUGGUUGUUAUCGGCAAUUUGUGA